AGUAAACAACCACAUCAGAUGUUUUUGUUUAACAUUAACAAAAACGAAAAAGACAUGGGAGGUUUAAAGACGGUUUUGUUGUUGAUAGUGAUCGCCUUAGUGGAUAAUAUCGUUCAUGGUCAAAGCCAACGUUCGGACCAGAACGAAGGAUCAUUUGGACGGUACGGAGGGCGCCCAGGUAGAUAUAGUGGACGUCUACCUGGUCGCGGUCGCGAGCAUUUCCCUGGACGAGGCCCUCCAUCAGAAGGUGGAUACGACCGCACACCACUGAACUGUUUGUUGGUACAGUGUCCACGAGUUGAGUGUUCCUUUGGUGAGCAAGAAGAGAUUCCAGCCGGUUCUUGCUGUCCAAUAUGCCAAGAUCCUUGUAAUGAUGUGGUCUGUCUCGCGACAAUGAUAUGUCCUGGUGGGGUGACUCCAGUAACCAAGCCAGGAGAAUGUUGUUUAAGCUGCCCAGUUGGACCGCCUGACUGCUCAAUAAUACAAUGCGAUUGGCCAAGUUGUCCUGGAGGAGCUCGACCAUUUACGAAACCAGGUGCCUGCUGCCCGGGCUGCCCCGACCCAUGUCAAGGAAUACAAUGUCUUCCACGAGCUUGUCCUGGUGGUGUGUUACCGACAAAACAGCCAGGCGAAUGUUGUCCAAGCUGCCCGACUGGACCGCCGGAUUGUUCAGCGAUAUUGUGCGAUUGGCCAAGUUGUCCAAAUGGAGCUCAACCUUUUACGAAAGAGGGUGAAUGUUGCCCGGGCUGUCCCGACCCAUGCCAAGGCAUACAAUGUUUUCCGAUAUCUUGUCCCGGUGGAGUCGAAGCUGUUACGAGACCUGGUGCUUGCUGCCCUGGCUGUCCAGACCAAUGUACAGGAAUAGCAUGUUAUCCGCCGACAUGUCAUGGUGGCGUAACGCCUACAACGCGACCCGGAGACUGCUGUCCAACUUGUCCCCAAGCUCCGCCCAAUUGCAGGGGCAUACCGUGCGACUUGCCCAUAUGUCCAGAUGGCGCUAGGCCGGAGACCAAACCAGGAGCGUGUUGUCCGGAAUGUCCAUUGGACUGUAGUGCUGUUUCCUGUGUUCUUCCAGUAUGUCAGGGCAAUGCCAAACCAGUUACUAAAUCCGGGGAAUGUUGCCCAUCUUGCCCACCAGGAAUUCCAGAUUGCAGCGUUAUACGGUGCGGUUGGCCAGAUUGUCCUGGAGAUGUACAGCCGACCACAAAUCCCGGUGAUUGUUGCCCUUCUUGUCCGAGCGGGCCGCCAAACUGUGCGCUUGUCAUGUGUAGUGAACCGUACUGUGAAAAUGGAAUGCGGCCUGAGACCAAGCCCGGCGAAUGUUGUCCAUCUUGUCCCACGGGUCCUCCAAACUGCGCAAAUGUGCAGUGUGUAGCUCAACCAGUCUGUCCUUAUGGCGCCCAACUGGUCAAACCACCUGGGGAAUGCUGUCCCCGUUGUCAGGUGUGCACAGAACAAUGCCCCUCACCGCUUUGUUCUGAAGGUUAUACUCCAGAAAGAGUACAAGGAGAUUGCUGUGAAACCUGUCAACCAUCCGCGCCGAUCGAAAAGCAAGGUUCGUGUCCGGUGAACAACGCUAUCACCAUCUGUGUGGUGUUUGAUGACGCCUGCUUUAGUGACUCCGAGUGCCCGGGUUCCCAGAAGUGCUGUUCUUACGGCUGCGGACGUAUCUGUCAGAACCCACUGAAUGAUCGGACCAUUUGGGACAAUAUUUAACAGUCAUCGUAACUGGUCCAAAUAUGGCCGAAAUAUCACCAAAAAACCUGUAGUCAAAUAUCAAUGUAAUCUUAACUCGUUUUAAAACAGAAAAUCGUACAUGUUUUACUCCUUAAACACGUAUUCUCUCAUAGCAAAUGUUGGCUAAAUAGUUUGGUCAAUAUUUCAAAGGAAAAAAAGUCUUCAGUAAAAAAGUGUUAGAGAGUAAAACUCAUUGAUUUCUCGAGUUCAAGGCAUGCACUAGAACUAGUUGUUUUGAAACAUUGACAAACUAUUUUUUAUCAAAACAUUCUAUAUGAAAUUGUACACAUCAUAUUAUGAAUACUCAAGAAGAUGUUUGCGAAUGGAAUGCUAAUUUUGUUUUAAUUGCUUUUGUACAAGUGUCGUUACUGGUAGCAUGCACAAACAAUUCCUAACAAAAAAAACACAAAACAAUCUAAAUGCUUUGUUUACGCUUACAAAAGUAGAUUCAUUUUAAUAAUAAAUAUAAGCAACGUG